AUGUCGCGAAGUUUCCUCGUGGACUCGUUGAUCGGAAACAAUUCGCCACCUGCGUAUCCGUUGCCCUAUUACGGUAAUCAAUUGCCGAGCUACAUGUUCAACUUUUUCAAUCUGGGCUUGGGUUAUCAGCCGAUAAGACCGGUACCGAGGCCACCGGCCAUGCCUGUUCCGGUUUCAAUCAGUCCACCUGCUUUGGGAAGCAUGCGGCCAGUGCCUGGCCAGAGUCCUCCAUCGCCUUUAAACACUUCCGCCAGCAGACUCUCGGAUGUUUCAGCACCGAGCGAGGCAUCACCUUCGCGUAAUAGCACGCCAACACCUCCGCCCAAGUCUCCGAACUCCAUCAACAGCUCCAAGAGGAUUCGAACAGCCUUCACGAGUACCCAAUUACUGGAGCUCGAGCGUGAGUUCGCUUCGAACAUGUAUCUGUCGCGGUUGAGGCGAAUCGAGAUCGCGACGAAUCUCCGAUUAUCCGAGAAACAGGUGAAAAUCUGGUUUCAAAAUCGGAGGGUGAAGUACAAGAAGGAGGACCUGCCUUCCGGGCAGAGUCAGAAAUGUUGUUGCCUGCGGACGUGCGGCAAAAAGAGGGAAGGGCCAUGCAGCGACGAGGCCUCGGGUCGAAAAUGCGAGCAGGACGACGAGAAAUCGAUGAAAAACGAGAAGACCGACUUGACGAUUGACAAGCCCGUCGAUACGCUCGGCCACGAGGAGUCGUCGAAUUCCAUGGCCGAUCGUUUCGAGCACUCGGCCCCGUCGUCCUUCGUCGUCGUGACAGACAGUUCGCAACGGUUCCUACAGGAAACGGAGGAGAAAUUAAACCCUCUUCCGAGGGUGAGCGCGAUGGCCGAUCGUCCCGGUUACGAGAGGGACGUUCACCAUUUGUCCAGCAGCUUGAAGAGGAACAUGGUAGACGCGGCCGAGGAAACGGGCGAUAAAAAGAGACGAAUCGAUAGCUCGUCCGUUUAUCAGACUACGAUUCAGGAGACUGCUAUCGGGCCUGUGUUUAGAAGCAUAGGGUGCACCAAGCAUACAGUGGAAAGGAUCGUCAAUUCGUAG